GCCAAUCAGGAGCACGAUAGCAUCCCGCCUUUGCUCUCGUUCGUUGAGGCAGGUAUCGGUCGGAAUUUCGGAGAGCGCGCGGCCCCACCUAUGUCUGACCUCAAGUGGUGGUUUAAAGGAGGUGGCGGGAAGACGGUCGUCGAAUUCAUCACUCUCAUGGUUGCUUGGAUUUUUCCCAAUUAAAAUUAGCAAAACAAAAUAAACCAAGAUGUCUGUUGAUCCAAUGACCUAUGAGGCCCAAUUCUUUGGCUUCACACCACAGACUUGCAUGCUUAGGAUAUACAUUGCAUUUCAAGAUUACUUAUUUGAAGUGAUGCAGGCUGUUGAGCAGGUUAUGCUGAAGAAGCUGGAUGGCAUCCCAGACUGUGAGAUUAGCCCAGUUCAGAUUCAUAAAUGCACGGAGAAGUUUCUUUGCUUCAUGAAAGGACGUUUUGAUAACCUUUUUGGGAAGAUGGAGCAGCUGUUCUUAGAGUUGAUUUUGCGUAUUCCCCCAAACAUCUUGCUUCCAGAAGAUAAAUCUCAGGACACGCAUCCUUAUAGUGAGGAAGAAUUCCAGAUUCUCCAAAAAGAAAUUGAACAAUUACAGGAGAAGUAUAAGACUGAAUUAUGCACUAAGCAGGCCCUUCUUGCAGAAUUAGAAGAGCAAAAAAUUGUUCAGGCCAAACUCAAACAGACAUUGGCUUUGUUUGAUGAACUUGAAAAUGUUGGCAGAGAUCAUGGGGCUAGUGAUUUUAAGGAGAGCUUGGUGUACCUGGUCCAGAACUCCAGAAAACUACAGAAUAUUAGAGACAAUGUGGAAAAGGAAGGCAAAAGAUUGAAAAUAUCUUAAUUUCUAUGUAGGAAAAGGAACUUGUCAGAAAGUAGAAUGGUAAGGGAUUUAUAUCAAUGACUAUUCUUAUUCUACUGAGUUGUAUAUUUUAUUGGGUUUUCUUUGCUCAGUCUUGUAUUCCACAUAUUUUGGUCCGCCCUCUUGAAGAGUCUGUGUACCACCCUGAACUAAUCUUUGCAGCAUCUGUUCCAUAGGGGCCUCUAGUAGGUGGGAAGGAAUUCUUGAUUCACUGACAAGUUUUGGGGGCAUGAUGGAAGAAGUAAAGCUUUCCCUGGCCAAUGAUAUUUGUGAAAGUUGUACCUAGGUCAAGUGUCCUUUGUAAUCUUGAUCCUUUUGACUCAUUCUCAAAUGAGGUCAAUGGGGAAAAGGUUAAAUGGGUGACUUCUUUAUUAACCAGACAGUACACUGUGGAAUAGCCAACAUGGACUGCUUGCUCUUGCCCAGUUACUUUUCUUUGAUGAGGAAGUUGAUAACUAGUUGAAAGGAGCAAGUAGCAGAAAAAGCAACCAUGGUCUUUAAUAAAAAAGAGAGAAGUUACUGUUUCUAAAAUAAAUCCUUUCCUUGACCAAGGCCUUGGUGAUGUUAAUUUACUGUCUUGGAGCCCAGCAGCAGAAGACACUGGACAAAAAAGCAGAUCUUACUGGGAUAGAAAAGGAGGCCUGGAACAUACCCAGUAGCAAAAUACCUAUUAGGUAUUUAUACUAUUUUUUAUUCAUACUUCAUUUAGUUUUGGAAUCAGCCUUGUACUAAUAUUUAACUAACUUAUUUAUUCAUGCUCAUAAGCAUAAAAUAUUUAGUGCCCUCAGUGGGAAAUUUUAGCUGUAUCUUAUUCUUCAAUUCAAUGGAAUCUAAUGUUUCCUUGGUAAUUAGCUCAUAUAAAUGUCGGGAAAGGGGAAAAAUAGCAAUAGUUGCUUCUAAGGUAUUACUUGCCCUCCAUGUCUUCCUAAAGAGCAGGAUUUGAAAUUUCUCCUUUAUAUAGAAGAGUAACUUAGGGUAUUAAUAUUUGUAAUUAAGCAUUCAUAGAUUUAGGAAGCCUAUGUUUAUCUGGAAUAUGUUUAUUAUCAGCAUCCCUUUUCCAAUCCUGUACAUUAAAUAUGUAUGUUUUAAAAGCUUUAAUUUUAGAUUUUCUGCUGUCUGUAUGGUACGUUCUUCAUUAUGACUUUUUACCCAACUGAAAAUUUUCUGUAUUUUUAAAAUCUGUAGCUUAUUUAAAAUCUCCUAAUAUGGCAGGGUGAAUGGUGAUACCCCAAAAGGUAUGUUCAUGUCCUGAUUCCUGGAACCCAUGACUAGGCCUUAUUUGGAAAAAUGGUCUUUGAAGGUAUAAUUAAGUUAUGGAUGUGGAGGUAAGGAGAUUGGUUUGAAUUACCUGGGUGGGCUUUAAAUCCUAUGACAGGUGUCUUAAAAAAAAGAAAAGGCAGAGGGAGAUUUGAGACAAAAGAGGAAAGAGGCACUGAUCACAGGGGUGGAUUGGAGUGAUGCAGCCACAAGUCAGGGACGUCCAGCAGCCACCAUAAGCUGGAAUAAACAAAGAACAGUUCUCCCCAUUGUCUCCAGAGCAAGUGUGGCCCUGCUGACACCCUUAUUUUGGAUUUCUGAUCUCCAGGACUGAGAGGCUACAUUGCUGUUGCUUUAAGUCACCAAGUCUGCUGUGGAGCCACAGGAAACUAAUAUACCUAGUGAAAUUCUAAUACUGAGAUGCUUUUAAGGAUGUAGGCUGCUUAUUAAGGAAACAACAGCUGAGACCUGGUUGGCCUCAGUAUGGUUUGUUUGAAUACAGUUAAAAUAUGGACAUGACCUGGAUGGAAGGGUGAAAUCCAUAGUGUUGAGAGCUCAGGAGUCCAUUUCAUAUUGAGUAAGUGCUUAAUAAUUGUUUGUUAUUAAUACUGUUCGCAUUUGUCAUAGUAGCAUCUGCAUGAACAAAUCAAUUUACUUGGCUCCAUUGUCUUCUAGUAAGUAUCUCCCUCAAAAAUUCAGAAAUCAGAAUAAUAAACACUUGGUUACCCAUUCUGCUUCAUUGCCACUCUGCUAUCCAUCAUCAGUCUCAAUUUCCUACUUCUGUCUACAUUAGAUCCUAUGAUUUUGUAAUAUCGAAACUUCAAUUUUCCCAAGAUAAUCUACUCCCAAGCUUUCCCUUGUAUUUAUGUUUUCUCCCUUGCUGUCAUUCCUGUUCCCUACUACGUACCCCCAAGUAGGCUUUUCUCAUCCUGCUGCUGAUAGACAGACAGCCAAUAGAGAGAUAGUUUGGCAUGGUAUUAAUAGAAAGUAAAAACUGCACAUUACUACUGACUUUACAGAAAUAGAAUUAUAAGGGAAUACUACAUAAGAGGUUCUGCACUCAAUUCUGAUGUGUGUCAUGGGGUUUCCUGAUACCACCAAGCAAUUUUCGGACACCACCAGGGUGUCCUAUAAUUCAACUCAAUUCUAACACUGUCUACCCAGAUACAGCAUCAGAUUCCACAGGUUAAAGGCUCAAUCACACAAGACUGAAUUACACUUCAGAUGCCAAUCACAAGCCCAGGUUAUUUGUGCUUCUGACUGACUGGGUGUCAGUCAGAGGUUCUGACCCCCUCCUUGGGUUCAGUUAAUUUGCUAGAGUGGCUCAAAGAACUCAGGAAACCCAUUUAUGUACUAGAGUAUCAGUUUAUUACAAAUGACAUAUAAAUCAGCCAGAUGAAGAGAUACAUAGGGCAAAGACCUGAACAAAGGAGCGUUUGUCUCCAUGAGGUUCAGUCCUGGGACGGUGGCAUGUGGAAGUAUUCUGGUUCCCGGAAGCUUUCCAAACUCCUUCCUUUUGGGUGUUUAUGGAGGCUUUGUUACAUAAAUCAUAGGGCAUUUCAUUUGUAGUUGAAGUUGGAUCUCUACCUUACAGCCACAGGAAACUAAUAUUACUAGUGAACUCAAAAUGGAUCAAAGAACUAAACUAUAAAAUUCUUAGAAGAAAAUAGGCCUAAAUCUUCACCAUCUUGAGUUAGGCAAUAGUUUCUUAGAGAUGACACCCAAAACAUAAAAAAGGGAAAAAUGAGAUAAACUACAUCAUCAACAUAAAACACUUGUACUUGAAGGACACCAUCACAAAGUGAAAAGGCAAGUCACACAAUGGGAGAAAAAUUUUAUAAAUCAUAUUUGAUAAUGAACUUGUAUUUCAAAAAUAGUAAAAACUCAUAAAAUUGAAGACAGCCCGAUUUUAAACUGCGUAAAUGAUCUGAAUAGACAUUUCUUUAGAGAAAGACACACAUUUGGCAACAUAGUACAUGAAAAGAUACUCAAUGUUGUUAACUGUUAGGAAAAUGUAAAUCAAAACCAUAAUGAGAUACUACUUAAGACUCCCUAAGAUGAC